AUGGUCGUCACCGACAGAAACGCCGGCGCGUCGGCAUCCAAGAAGGAGCCGGCCAAGGACAAAAAGCGGCGGUGGUCCCGUCCGCACGGCCUGCCGUCUCCGGCCCUGUGCUGCGCCUGCGGCCUGUGCGUCAUGUUGGCCGGGCUCAACAUCACCUUGGUGGGAGUUUUCGCCUUCAGAACCUUGGUGCCUUCCGCCAACCCUUCCAUCGUCAUCGGACCCAUCCUCCUGUUGGUGGCCUUUUCCUUUUUCGGGGCCUGCUGCGUGUGCAGCCGCCUUCCCCCGCCUCCCCACGGCUCCCGCGGCGCCAAGACGGGCGCCCGGGGGCUGAAUCUGAUCGGGAACGGCGGGAUGGCCGGCGGGGCGGCGUUCGAGAUCGAGACCAGCGAGCACACGCUGCAGGACACCACGGCCGUGCAGCUCAGCCCCACGUCCUCUCCGGCCUCCUCCCGGGGAUCCGGAUCCGAAAACGUGGUUCCUGACGCUUCUCUGCCCGGCACCUGCCAGCUCUUCACCAUGGAGAAGGACGGCCUGCCCGAUUCUAGCGCCGCCAUCUACUCGGGAGGGCAGGUGAGGCUCAACCUGCCGCGAGAAGAAGCGGCCGCUUAGACCCGGGUCCGGCAGCCCAGUGGGACUUUCUCCUCUUGCCUACUUCAACUCGGGGUACGCACAUAACGACUUUUUACAUCUUGACAGAGUUUUAAAAUCUCACAUGCACUUGACAAGGGGGAAAAAAAACAACCUCAAUUAUGAUCCUACUGCUCGUAUCGUUUGUGGUGUACUCGAGACG